AUGUCGAAAAUUGCUGUUUUUGCCUUACUGCCAUUCAUUUUAAUAAUGGUUCUCGCGAUUAUUGUGAUUGAUAUUAAAACAUGGAGAAGUAUUUCCAGAGCACAAAUCGAACUUCAAAGAUUGGGGAGUGAAUGUGGAUCGGACACAAACAGCGCGAGUUAUCAAGCAGAGAAGAAAAGAGUUCAGACCGAAAAACGUUUUGCAAAAGUCGUUGUGUUUUUACUGUUGAAUGUGGUGGUGUUUAUUUUGCCCCAAACUUUCGUGAUUGGAUCUAGAAUGGUUAACGUGUGGUGCAAUUCGUGUGUCAAAG